CCUUCUGCAUGUAAUGGUGAGCGCGCGUGCGUUGCAGAGAACGACACGAGCGCGUGGCGGCGCGUGCUGGACGUGAACGUGCUAGGGCUGAGCGUGUGCAGCCGCGAGGCCGUGCAGCUGAUGCGCGAACGCCACGACCAGGAGGACGGCGACGGCUACCUCGUCAACAUCAACAGCAUCGUGGGCCACAUGGACUGGAUAAAGAACGAGUUCUCCAUGUACGUGGCGUCCAAAAACGCCGUCCGGAGUGUUAGCUCGGGCCUUGUGAAGACCGACUUCUUCAGUGGCUACGAGAAGUUCGAGUCGGACGACUGGUUCCAGAUGCCGCACAUUUUUGCCGAGGACAUCGCUGAUGCAAUUCAUGAAAUGAUUGUGAAACCCGCUGGAGGCGUUCUUUAGAAAUCUCCUAGCUCUCUUUUCAACGUCUUCAAUCCAGCAGCAGUUUAUUAAGUCCUUUUUAGUCAUAUAACGCUAGUAUCACGGAGGUUUUCCAAAUGCAAACCGAAAUCUCGUUCAUUUGUCUUGGGAAUUUACGUGAUCUGCGCGGCCUUCCGGUACAAUGGGAUAUCUGUGGCGGGACUAUA